AUGUCCAAGAACGCGUAUCUUCAAGCAACCGAUAAGGUAUCUAGGCAGUUGCUUUCUAAGGCCCUAGAAGGCCAAGUCUACGACUCGUCCUACGCUACCAAGGGGAGGAAAGAUGAUGCUGCCAUCCUAGUCCUAAAAGACGAUGAGAACGUCGAAGAUCUUAUUGAUCUUGAAGAUUCUGGCUCCAAUAAGCAGCUGCUUGAUGAACUUUCUGGCGCGCGAUGA